GAUUUAGCAGCUCCAGCGAACUGCAAUUGUCCUCAGUGACGAGGCCUCCUCUUGUUCCUGCAGAGUUCCCGUCCCGGCUCCCGAUGGACGUCCUGCUGCUCCUCGUCCUCGUGGCGUGGACGUGGCGCUCCCCUUCUCUGGCUGCUCCUUUCACCUACCAGCUGGCCCGGCUCAGCUCCCAGCGGAGCAGCUGCAAGCCCAUCCCCAGCAGCAUGACCCUCUGCCACGGGGUCGGGUACAACGAGAUGCGUCUGCCCAACCUCCUGGGCCACGAGAGCAUGAAGGAAGCUCUGCAGCAAGCCGCCUCCUGGGUGCCGCUGCUCACCAAGCAGUGCCACGGGGACACCAAGAAAUUCCUGUGCUCCCUCUUCGCCCCCGUGUGCAUCAGCAACCUGGAGGAUCCCGUCUACCCUUGCAGGUCCCUCUGCGAGGCGGUGAGAGAUGGCUGCACCCCUGUCAUGGCUGCCUUUGGCUUCCCCUGGCCUGAGAUGUUCGACUGCAGCAGGUUCCCUCGGGGGAACGAACUGUGCGUCCCUCUGGCCGGCCCGGACGACCGACUGCAGCUCACGAAGGAAGACGCAGUGUGCACAGCCUGUAUCAGCCGAGGGCACAGCGAAAAGGAGUUCCUGGAAAACUUCUGCAGCCAAGAUUUUGCCUUGAAAAUGAGCAUCAAAGCGCUGUCCAGCGCGGACGGAGACUUGAAAGUGACCCCGGAGCUCAAGAGCCGCACCCUCUACAAGCAGGGAGGCUGGUCGGAAGAAGAGCUGAAGAAGCCAGUCCUCUGGCUGACACACGGCGAGACCUGCACCUGCGAAGAACUCCGCGGGCAGGGGACCGUGGUCCUGGCCAUGGGCCACAAGGCGGCCGGCCGCUUGGUCAUCUCCUGGGUGAGGAGGUGGCAGCGAGGGGAGAGGGAGCUGAAGAAAUUCACCCGGGCGGUGCGGAAGAUCCAGUGCUAAAGGGGAGGGACGCGGCUUUGCGCUGAGAACGUCUCCCUCCCGCACGCGCUGUGAAUUCUUCCCACUCCAGCCGGAAAACGUAUUAUAUUUAGCCAGGCUCUUACCGUGAAAACAGCACCCCCUCCCCCCAGUCACUGACAGAGGGGAUCCAGAAACUCAACCAGGAAGCAGCUGAAUCAAGCGCCCUCCGGAGGGUGUGUGCAGACCAAGGAGACCAGAGGCACAGACAAGCCAGCCCCCCACCUCAGGCCCAUGCCGUUAGCUGUAGGGCAGGGGUGGCCAACCUGAGCCUAAGAAGGAGCCAGAAUUUACCAAUGUACAUUGCCAAAGAGCCACAGGAAUACGUCGGCAGCCCCCAU